AUGAUUACUUUUACACCAGAUUUCUGGGCACCCGGCUUAGACGUCAACGUCCGGCGGAUUCCACCAGAUGAAAUAUUGAUCAGUUCGAAUCUAAACGCGAACAGCUAUAGCGAAUCAAAGUCAAGACAACGUCCCACCUCGAUGCCACCCAGUGUAUCCCCCCCAUCAAACACGAGAACCAAAGAAAUCUCUACCAGGACUAAUACAUAUGUACCAAUCUCGAAUGCUUCAUCAACAAGUUCUGCAUCAUCAACAAGCUCUGCAUCGCCCCCAAAGAGAAAGUCUUCUAUGUUGUACAGCGUACAAAAGCUAUUUCAUGCGGAUACUAACAGCAACAGCAAGUUACAUCUCAAUCCGGUACGUUCAGCCACAACGGAAGAGAAAAAAGUAUUUCUCUCUGCUAAAACUCCGGGAAAUAAAUCCAUCCUUCGGGAAGUGCUCUCACUCAGACUGAACGAAUUACAAAAAUCGAAAAAUGACCAAGCUGUCAGUCAUGUCGAUAACGAAUGCUUAUUAGCUCAAAGAUAUGGCACGUGCGAGAAGGGAUGUAUCGGACAAGGUGCUACUGCAGUCGUAAGGCUUGCGCACAAGUUGGACGGAACGGAUUGUGAACAAAUCUAUGCUGUAAAGGAAUUUCGAAAAAAGAGAAAGAAUGAGACAGAGAAAGAUUACAUUAAAAAGCUCGCGAGCGAAUUUUGUAUCAGCUCUUCGCUUCAUCACGUGAAUAUUGUCAAAACUGUAGACUUGGUAAAGGAUGAGAACCAGAACUGGUGCGAGGUCAUGGAAUAUUGUUCUGGUGGUGAUUUAUUUUUGGCCAUAAAAUCGAACCACAUGAGCCCAGUCGAGAUCGACUGUUGCUUUAAACAAUUGAUCAAUGGUGUUGGAUAUUUGCACUCGAUGGGUGUUGCUCAUAGGGACAUCAAGCCCGAAAAUCUGUUACUUGACGGCAAAGGCCACUUAAAAAUCACAGAUUUUGGUGUAUCAGAUGUUUUCCGCAUGCAUUGGGAAAGCAAUCCGCACCUUUCUACUGGUUUGUGCGGAUCAGAGCCAUACAUUGCUCCUGAGCUGUUUCUGGUGGGCAAGGAAUAUGACGCGCGUCUUGUCGAUGUCUGGGCAUGCGGCAUCGUAUAUUACUGUAUGGUCUACCAGGGCAUUCCCUUCCGUAUGGCUGCUUCAACUGAUCCUAAUUAUAUCACAUAUUUGGAAGAAAGAGCGCUGCAUGAAUAUGAGCCAUUUGAGAGGUUACCGAAAGGAUGUAGAAACUUGAUGUAUCGUAUCUUGGAACCAGAUCCUUGCAUGAGAUAUGAUAUUGAUAGUAUUAAGGCUGAUCCCUGGUUCCAGAGUACAGAGAUGUGUUCAGACGGAUCAGUCUUAACACAAGAACAUCAUCAUAUCCCCCCUGAAUGUUUGAACAAACGGAAAUCAACAGAGAGAGCCAAAUUCUAA